CAGUCUGCAGAUCAAAGUGGGGCCUGCAGGCAGGCAGUGGAGAGAGAGGCUGGAGCCAGAGAGAAAGUGAAAACGCAGACGGGGCUUGCAGAGCUGUGGGUGCACCCAGCCGUCGAUGACUCCUAAUGUCCUGCCCAAUCCCCUCCGCAGCCGCUCGCUGGAGCCCCUUUGGCGUGAGCAGCUGCGCGGAGUGAGGCUGCGCUGAAAUGCUGAAUGGCUGAGCCGCUCGCCCUGCUCAUUCCGGUGGGAGCCGCAGACAGACAUAUUCAGGGACGGAGAAACAGGGAGACCCCUCCCUGGCAAGAGAGCGACCCCCUGCACACAGCGCCAUGGUGUCAUGGAUCAUCUCCAGGCUAGUUGUGAUUAUAUUUGGCACUCUUUACCCUGCGUAUUAUUCUUACAAAGCUGUAAAAUCAAAGGAUAUUAAAGAAUAUUCUGACAGCAAUUCUACAGCAGAAACUCCUCGUGGAAUACGAGCAGCGAGUCUGACUACUUGGUCUUUUGGUCGGAUUGAUCAUAAAGGACAAAUUCCUUCUUCACGUGGGUUUGUGCAUGACUCUGAUUUGUGUUGUGGACUACACCUAUGUGACAACUUGCUGCGUGACACCUGGCAAAGCCCUUCAGUUCUCCGUGCCUGCACAACAGGGUUCUGAGGCUUUCUUGUCAAUAAGCGUAUCACCAGGCAGCUGUGGAUGGGCUGAGCUUUGGGAUCCUCAGGUCAAAUGGAUGAUGUACUGGAUCAUAUUUGCACUCUUCACGACAGCCGAGACUUUCACAGAUCUCUUUCUUUGCUGGUUUCCAUUCUAUUAUGAACUGAAAAUAGCUUUUGUAGCUUGGUUGCUGUCUCCAUACACAAAAGGCUCCAGCCUCCUGUAUAGAAAAUUUGUACACCCAACACUGUCUUCAAAAGAAAAGGAAAUUGAUGACUGCCUCGUCCAAGCGAAGGAUCGGAGCUAUGAUGCCCUGGUGCACUUUGGGAAGCGGGGACUGAAUGUCGCAGCAACAGCAGCCGUGAUGGCGGCUUCCAAGGGACAAGGGGCUCUGUCUGAGAGACUCAGGAGCUUUAGCAUGCAGGAUCUCUCAACCAUUCGAGGAGACAGCAGCAGCCCUGUACCUCCUCCAGUCACUGUACGAACAAGCAGCAAACAGAGCAAGCCCAAAACAUCCAGAAGUGCGUCAGAAAGCACGGGCAGCUCAGGCACCGCCUAGACCUCUUAGACCUCGCUUCAGGAAGAAAAGUACCUCGACCUCUACCACUGAAACCAUGUGAGUGCGAUGAGCCAAUAGCACCAAGAUCCACAGAAUGUCUCUCUUCUGCCUUAAAGAGCUACUUGCUAAUUAUGUAGAAAAACAGCAGUGAGAUGGAUGUGAUUUGAUGUGCAGCACUGCAGACAUGGCCUUUCUCUCUUCCCUUAAGUUACACGUUACUCGCAUUUUCCCAUAACAUGAGAACACUCUCACAGGUAGUAACAGUGUCAGAGUCCCCCUGUUUCAUUUGCAGAAUAUACAAUCACUCAAGCUAACCCUGUCAGGCUGUACAUUUGCAAUUAUUAGUUGUGUCUGCAUAGUUUUAGCUUGUGAAUGCAAACAAACAAAAAAAUACUCAAUAGCUCUCAAUGAUACUUUGACUAAUGUAUCUGUUUAUGGCUUUAUCCUUAACGAAGAGGACUUGCAGGAGCCAUAGAUUUUUCUCCCUACCCUUCCUCCAUCUUAUAACAAGACUGUGACUGACGUGAGAUAUUUUGAAUUCUUUCGACUGUACAGAAUGUCUGAGACUUAUUAGCAAAAGCUGAGCUGCAGCUCCAUUUCUUUUUCUGCAAGUAAAUUAUGUGAACUCGUCAUUGUGCUGAAAAUGUAGAGACAACAACUUAGAGAUGAUGAGAAAGAGAGAUGUACAAGAGAAUGAACUGAUUUCACAAAAUAAAGUAGGGGAGUCUUAAUUUUGAUACUCCUGAGCCAGAAGAAGUCAUAUAUUUUGUAAAAAUGAAAGAAUUAAUCUUAUAACUUUUGAUCAACAUUUUACUGGCAGUUCUACAAUAUAUGUAAGCCAUGUUUGUAAUAACUGCUACAAUGUUAACCAGAAUCACAUUAGCCAUUGAGUUCAUAGGGCAAAAUUCACCGUCCUCAUCUGCAUGUAGGAGCUCACUUCAGGUGUUUUGCUUUCCUGGUGCAGAUGUGGGAAUAGCAUUCCCACAGCCAGAGAAGAGCAUUGGAAUUGAGCUCUUCCAUGUGGCUUGGAGAGAAUUUUGCCAGUAUGUGGAUUCUGGUUUAAACCAUGAGACUCUGUAGUUUGGCUGGUGCAUUGGUAUCCAUAUAUAAAUGCUAAAUACAAAAGAAGAGGAAGAAGUUGUAGGAUAUGUGUAUUUGUGCUUAAAGUUGGUGUCUCCUGUAAAUGUAAAAGCAUGUGAAAUUCAUAAAUGAGUUAAUUAUGUGGCCCUUUGUGUUUGCUCUUGGCCCUAUCCCAUAGACUAGAAAAACUUUUAGAAUGUGACGUCUGAUUGCCAUUGAUAACUGAUCAAUAAACAGACUUGAUUAUGAAUAAUAUUGUUAACCUAGUUCAGGUACAGAAGUGGCCCAGCAUGCCAAUAACUGGUUAGAGUGCACCAGACUCAGAGAUAAGCAUAUCCGAUGUGGCCUUUGUUAAAUAUUAUCUGACGGAUAGGCUUCUACAUCUCAGCCUUCUUACUAACUCAUCUUGAGGUAAUUCUGAAGCUUCCUUAAAUGGUUUGGGAAGUAAAAAUUACUGCUGUCCCCUCCCCACAAACAUUUGUGUCAGUUUGGUUAGUAAGAGGAAAGGGCAAACAGACAUUUCUUGCGAUUGCCACAAUACUUGGACCUGUUAUUGGAAAAUCUGAUUUCCCUUAUAAGCACUGAGUAUAUUGUGUUUUGUGAAGACUAUAUGCUAAAAAAAAAAUGCAUUCUAGAUGGCAGUUGAAAAAUAUUCCGUCAUUAGAACACACUCAGCAAAAGCUUUGAGUAGCCAAGCUUAUGUAUUUAAGUUAAGCAGCUUUAGAGUCAAUUUGAUUUUUCAGCAAAAGUUUUUUUAAAAAAAAAUCGCAACGUUGCCUGAAGUGUUCGCUGAAAUUUAUUUUCAGUGCUACGCAAUAGGGUGCCAUAAAACAAAACAAAAGCUGACAAGUUUGCACUCAAAUUAUGCCAAAAAUAAAAAUAUACAGCUGCAUAACGUUUGAUGAAUUCUACUCAGUGUAUUAACAUUCAUCCUCACUAAAGUUAUUUAAAUGUCUGACCUGCUGUUUUACUGUAAACUUGACUGUUUCGAUUUUCUUAAAUGCUGAGGUGAAACUGUUGACAAGGGAGUUGCCUUAUCUCUCGAAGACAUUCACUGUAUAACUGAAAAAAAAACAAACCCCACUUUUCAUAUCGCUGGCAAAAAUGUGUUAUCAACUGAGCUGUGUAUUUGUGUAUAUACUGACAAGAAAUGUGAAUGCCUAAACCUGUAUGCUUAGUGGUAUAGUGUUCUGUACACAGGCUAGAACAAUCACUUGCUUUGAAUUCAGUAUAUUACAGACACAGGCUGUUUACAAAUGCUGCCUCUAAAGGUCUGUCAUUUUAACAUUCAGAUAUGUAUGUUCAUUUGGGAUCGACAUCAGCUGUAUGUUCUUUGGUCCUGACUCUUCUCUCAGGCACUGUCUCCCCUUGGGAAUAACUUCAGUUCAACAAUUGUUGUUGCUACACAUGGGCUGACCCCUAGCAGUAGACAGAGGCAAACCUGGGUUUGCAUCAAUUGAACUAAUCAGAAUAUCACAUGCUAACUGGCCCUUUAAGGGGAAUGGGGCUCCAGCCCCUCCUCUGACUAAUCCGUUGCCACCCAGCUGAAGCAGUAAGAUCAAAGAGCAGGUAGCUUGAAGAUAACCUGGUUCUCAUCAAUAACAAGAGCUCAGGUUGGGGGCAAAGCCCCCUCCAGCAUCAGUCCUCAGCUCUGGGGAAAAAACCCAGGGUAUCCGACUCUCAGGUGGUUGUAAGCCUGUAUGGAGUAGUUAGGCCCCUGCAAAAGACCCCAGCUCAGGCAAUGAUAUGUUGAAUAGUUUUAUUUCUUCAAAAUAACACAAAGCCUUGAAGAGAAGGUGACAGAAAUCCUGUGACUGGAGAAUGUUCUUUGGUGCCUGGGCCAGUGAAUUAGCCUGCAUGUUUACACAGGAUUUACCUUAAUUAUGAAUGGGGUAAACUUUGAGCAACUCACUGCAAACCCUUAUGCCUCCUUGUCUAAAUGUAACUAUCAGCACCAGUGCAGCUACAAUGAUCGUUGAAGCAGCGCUAUUUUCAAUUACAGCCAAGGUGCCACUUACCCUAGUGUAAAUUGGGAGUAAUUGCCAAGGGAAUUAUACAAGUGUAAACCUGGUAUAAGGAAGAGGAGAACCAGGCCUUCUGUUUCUAACAACAAGGGGAGAAAUUACCUCGUGAUUAAAAAAUGAGGAAAGGCUUACUAGAGGGAUGUGAUGCUCCCUGGCAUCAUGUAAACAGCCUGCUGCCUUUGUCUGUGCUCUGUGAAAUAUCCAUGUUCUCAUGUAGUAAUAUCUAUAUAUUUGUGACAGAAUGCUUAUUAAUCAGUCUUCUUUUGCUGUUUAUUUGUUUCGGGUACCUGUUUUGCACCUAGCACGUAUUUAAAAUUGUAAAGAACACUAUGCGUACUCUUGAGAUUCACACUUAUACAAACAUAUUUAAGGAUCAUAACUGUGCACUUAAAAGAGGUUUCUUUCCCAUGAUCAGUGUAAAAGAUCUGUGAUAGGACAGUACACUUAAUGCCUCAUAAGGAUGGACAUUACAACAGUAUUCCAAAGGUUGGCAUUUUGCUGGUUUUGUUAUGCUUGAUAUACAUCCUGAAUAAAGUCUUAAUCUUUUCUUUAAAAGAAAAAAAAACCCACAAAGAAGAAAGCAUCUUCAGUCUGUUCAAUGUAUCUGGCAGGCCAGAAUACUUGUUACUUUUAUUACUGCAUUAUUUAGUUGUCUUAAUUCUUGCUAACUGUAUAUGGAUGUAUUCACUAAAUGCUGCAUGUCCUUCAGAACUCCUUUCUGUAUUACCAGUUGGUAAAAAAUACAGCUACUAAACCUGU